AUGCGCCACCGCCACAUCUCUCUGUGGCUCAUAGGGCUGAGAUCAUGUGACUUUCUGUCAACCGGCGGCCUCACCGCGGCAUGCCGAAUUGCCGUUGAUGAAGCCUUAUGGCGACUUGGCGUUUACACAGAGCAAGGUACCAGAGCAUGUGUUUGUUCCUUGCUCAACAGACACCAACAUGGGGUACUCCGUACUGUAGCUACUCGUAGGCUGUAG